CCUGUCCUACGCGUCUUGCCAGGCCUCUCGGCAGUCCCAGAACAACAUCCGAUGGACACACUCUCCAAAGCGGCACUAUAAGGGCGCAAACGACAUUCAUACAUCAAUCCAUAAAGUAGCGACAGGAACCUCAGAGGAGAUAGCCGGAAAGAACUUGCGGCGAGCGAGCGCGAUGGACCAGCACCAAAGCGCCUACUCGCGGCGCAUCAUCCGCGUGAAUCGUAUCAUUGCUGGGACCAUCGUCGCUGGCUGUGUAGCGGUGCUGACCGGCGCAGUGGAUGUCAAAUUCUACCAAAACGAGGUGGAGUACGCGAAGGAGACGCCCGACCGCGACCGCUUCAAGUCGCACCGGUGCAACGAUCGGUUAGCAGAUGCGCUGGAGGUGGUCGAGGCGGAAGACGGAAACAUCUGGCGUGACCUGCGGCCGGCAUUCCGGAAUUGGUGGGCGUGCAUGCGGUCAGCGGAGGGGUCGGAGCCCGCGAUGCCGUACAUCAUGCUCACGCCCAAGUACAAGCAGUACAUAGACCCGGUGACGCGCAGUGAGGCAGCGCGGCGGGCGGCCCAGGUGCAGGCGGAGCAGCAGCUGCAGGGGUGAGCAGGAGGUUGAUUAAGGCACGCUUUCAGUGCGAGGUGCAUGGACGGCGGGCAGCAACGUAAACUGAACACGUGGGCAUGUUUGUACUGAGUGUUGCAAGGCAAUCACAGCACCUCCGUCAGGUCACUGUGGGGGGGGGAUAUGGUGCGGUGUUGCUUUGGCGUGGAACGCCACUGCUGAUCGUGUCACGGAUUCCAGCGAACAGCCCGAGUGCUGCCAAAAUGCUACGUGGAGGAGGUGGUAGGCAGCAGCAUCCUGCGCCAGAUCCUGCAAUGGUAUCAGGACUUGUCACAAUGGCACAUACACUGCUCAGUUAGGUAGGCAGCGUACAAAGUAUUAGUCCAAAUGCAGCUGGGACGCACGCUGUUGUGGUGGUGCCGGGAACGUGCGCGCGGGCACUUUGUGGUGCCAACGCGGUAUGACACGGUAGGUACGGAUGCUGCCAAUCUGCUACGGUACUGCAACAAGCAGAUUUUGUGUAGCAAUGUGGGGCAGUCUGACAGAUGUAAACACCCGCUCAUGCAGACGCUUGGUCUGUUGUGCCGGCGUUUUUGUUUUGAGGGUGUCGAACGGUGUAAGACAUUAAGAUAGAGCCCUGCUUUGGUGUACGGUAGCCGCGGGCGCGAGAAGGGAUGUCGCAGCCGUGUAGGCGGGCGCGGAAUGGACAUGCCAUGGGCCGGAGUGGGCACUGGACAGGAAUGAUGAACACGGCAGCAUGCGAGAAGUCGCAGCUUAAAGCCGCCAUUGUCAGGCGGUGGCGCGAGAGUCUUCCGGCGGUGUAGGGCUGGGCCGGUGAAAGCCGGUCUGGUGACGCCUGUGAUGAGUGGUGACCAACGGAAGGAACUCAGCGUAUGUAACCGUUGCUCUCU